CUACAGUGCUGAGUAGACUUCUGUCAAGCUCAUAUAGUUUUAAUAACGUGAAUAAAAGUGCCUUGAAAAUAGCAAUACUUUUAAAAAUACUUUAUUAGGGAUUAAUUUUAAUAAGAAAUACUAACAAAAGAGUGAAUUUUAACUUAAAAAGUUCGUAUUUUCAACCGAAGGUUAAUUGAAAUAGUGCAAAUUUUUAUUGAAGUUUAAUUGCGAGUGUGAACCGUUAUUUAGGAUCAGUGUUGGCAUUGAGCAGCUGUUUGUUUGUGUGAGAGUUGGCUCGUGUGUCGUGUGGCCGUGGGGUUCGGCGCCGGCGCCCUGGAGGUGUCGAAGCGCACGUGCGAUGCGAUGCGCGAGAAAAUCUCCGCAUUGUUGCGCACUUCCGUCGGUGCGGGCGCACACGCUCGAGCCGCGGACAAACUGCAAAAUGGCGAUGGCGCAUGCGAAGGCGGAUUGGUCUGGCGCGGGUGUUCCGCCGGCAGCGACGCCGAAGACGGCUCGUCGGGAGCGCUCACCAAUGGCGACCUCAAUCCAGGAGACAAGUUGGAGGGGCCGGGCGCAGCUACGGACGACCCUGUUCACCUCAAGAGACGGGUGGGACUCUUCAGUGGGGUGGCUCUAAUUGUCGGCACCAUGAUCGGAUCAGGAAUUUUCGUCUCGCCCUCGGGGCUUCUGGAGCGCACUGGGUCGGUGGGGAUCAGCUUCAUCGUAUGGAUGGCGUGUGGUCUGCUAUCCUUACUAGGGGCGCUGGCUUAUGCGGAGUUGGGAACGAUGAACACAUCGUCGGGUGCGGAAUAUGCUUACUUCAUGGACGCGUUCGGAGGUCCACCAGCAUUCCUCUUCUCCUGGGUGUCGACAUUGGUGCUGAAACCAUCUCAAAUGGCGAUCAUCUGUCUCAGCUUCGCGAAGUAUGCUGUGGAGCCGUUUGUGUCCGAGUGUGAACCCCCUUACGCUCUCGUCAAACUUGUGGCGGUCAUAGCUAUCGUGAUGAUAUUGGCCGUGAACUGCUACAGCGUGAACCUAGCCACGAAUGUACAGAACAUCUUUACGGCGGCGAAGCUUGUUGCUAUUGCGAUAAUCGUGUGUGGAGGAGCUUACAAACUUAUAUUAGGUAAUACGCGACAUUUACAGGAGCCCAACUUCGCCAGUAGCACAGCCACGCUGGGCAACAUUGCCACUGCCUUCUACACGGGCCUCUGGGCCUACGACGGCUGGAACAACCUCAACUAUGUCACCGAAGAAAUCAAAAACCCAUCCAAGAACCUGCCGCUCAGUAUUAUAAUCGGCAUACCUCUAGUGACGUUCUGCUACGCGCUCGUGAACGUGUCCUACUUGGCCGUGAUGUCAGUGAACGAGAUGGCGGACAGCGAGGCUGUAGCCGUCACCUUCGGGAACAGACUGCUGGGACCGAUGGCCUGGCUGAUGCCGCUGGCUGUGACCAUCUCUACGUUUGGUUCCGCGAACGGAACUCUCUUUGUAGCGGGCAGGUUAUGUUUCGCAGCAUCCCGGGAAGGUCAUCUGCUGGAUAUACUUUCGUACGUGCACGUCCGUCGGUUCACUCCUGCACCUGGACUCAUCUUCCACUCGCUGAUAGCUGUUGCGAUGGUGUUGUACGGAACCAUUGACUCACUCAUCGAUUUCUUCUCGUUCACGGCUUGGAUCUUCUACGGCGGCGCCAUGCUAGCCCUCAUCGUCAUGCGGUAUACCAAGCCACAUGCACCGAGACCAUACAAGGUGCCCAUCAUAAUACCGUACCUGGUGCUGAUUGUGUCGGGGUACCUGGUGGUGGCACCCAUCGUGGAUAAGCCGCAGCUCGAGUACCUCUACGCAGCCGCCUUCAUCAUCGGCGGACUGCUGGUCUACCUCCCAUUCGUCAAGUGGGGCUACUCCUUACCAUUCAUGGAUAAAAUAACAGUGUUCCUGCAGAUGGUGUUGGAAGUGGUGCCAACAACAACAACGUUUGAAUACUGAAUGUCCUCGCCCGACUUUAAAUCGGCGCUUGUUGCGUUGCUUUCUAAUUUUAUUUGUGAAUUUUACUCCUUGACGAACGAAUUUCAUAUGACGUAUCCCACAUACGCAAUUAGGUGAGGAUAAAAUCCGGCGUAAGCAAAAUGCGAAGUGUUAUUUAUUAAGAUUUACUGUAAUAUUUGACACAUGUCAAUCGUAUUAUUUUAUUUAUUUAGAGCAAAAAUACAAUAAAAUAAGAAUAUUUUAACCAUUUUUCAAGGAGUAGAUUACAGGAAAAACCCCCGAUAGGUUUGUAGGCAAAACGGGUUCUUUUGUAGAACUUAUUGUAAAGUUUUUAAUAACCACGCCUCCGCCAAAGAGUAAUGGCGAGAUAAUUACUGUCAAUCUAAGAAGUAAGCGAGUAUAAUCACUUAAGUACAGAUAUUUAAAAAUUAAAAUUCCACAGUAUUGUAUAAAUAAUAAAACUAAUUAAAUCAUAAUUAAUUGUAAUUAAAUUAUAAUUGAGGGAAAAUAUCAAAGAUAUAGGUAGUAGUUUGCUAUCUAUUAUAAGUGUUUCCAAAUCAUUAUCAGAUGUUGCCAUGGGUAAUUAAAAUAUGUAUUUUAAAUUUCAUGAAACAGGUUGAAAAUGUUUUUAGAUAAAAAUCGAAGUGUUUUUUUUACUUAAAUACCUAAUAAUUAUUAAUGCAAAUAAAAUAAAAUCAUCGCCCUCGUAAAAAGAUAUAAUAUGACCACUGAAUCGUUAAAUGCGUUACGCAUGUCUGUUUGUUGGAACCUGGGAAAAUUAUCUUUUAAUUCCAAGAUAAUUGAUCCUAAGGAGUAAAAUUCUUCCGUUUGUCGGAGCUUACUAGCCCCGUUCUGUUAUUCGACCCCCGCGUAAUCUUGGAUAUAGUUCUUUUAAACAUUAUUAAUGUUUAAAAGAACGUAGGAGCUCAAUUAUAUUAUGAUUCGUUUAUACUUACACCUAAAUAAAAUAAUUUAAUUUUCUAAUAUUUGUAAACAUAUUGUACAACUGAUUAAUUUUUGAAAAUUAUGACUGAUAAAAAUUUGUUCCUUUUAUAUUUUUGAAUUUUAAAUAUUAUUAAUACUGUAUUUUAUAGUAAAUGGUUGUUAAAUUCGUUGCAAAGUAGCAAUGUUAAAUAAUUUGAAAAAAAAAAAUCGAAAAAAUAAAUAUUUUUAAACUUCAUAUAGAUAGAUAGAUUGUUAAAUAAGGACAUUAUGGACUAGAGUAAGUUAUAUUAAGUUAGCGAUCGUGUUUCAUUUCAUUAGUUUGCACGAAUCAUUCCUCAGGGGUCAUGCAAUGUAAGGUCAAGCCAAAUAUUAAGUUACCAAAUAAAUGCAGGGAAUAUAUUAUCCCCGAUCAUUCGUGAUUAACUUAAGUAAUAUAUAUAUAUACACAUAAUGGUGUAUCAAAAAGACAACCAGACAACCAUAAGACAUGCUCAGAGACAUUUUCAGGAAUACGGACUUUAAAGAUCUUCGAAAUAGUGCUCAACUUUACAUGCCUAUUAUGGGAACAUAGAUCACAUAUUAUACGUCUAGAUAGAUUAUGACAGCGGUAAAAACGUCAAAAAAAAAUUUGAGUUUGACAUAACCUCUAUAUUGAGCAAUUAAUGCACUAACACAAAGUGCAAUUCAAAUCGCGAGUGUGAGACGUAGCUUACCUAUCACGCGCACUAAACUAAUAUUCCUGGCCUGUUUUUAUCGGCUGUCUAACAGCACGAGACUCUAUCUAGACGUAUAAUUUAUCUAAGUAUUGGAAUUAAUAUUAACAAGUUGGUCAUCGUCAUUGGUUACAUUAUUAAAUUGUUUUUAAUUUAGUUGAUAGCACGCGCUUCCCGCCAAACAAUGACAGUAUUAGGACCGUUGACAAAGGGGAAAGAGGUAAGUUUUUAAUCUGUCUAUGAUUUUGAUAAAUUAAACGGGCUGCUGAUCUCCUACUUAUGCCCGUGUCCUUGUUAAUGCAGACAACAUAUUAAAAUGUUUUUAUAUGAUAAACGUAACAUACAAAUUAAAUUUCAUAUAUUCAUAUGGGCGUGCAGUUCUUACUCAGAAGAACUCUACUUAUUUCUAAUUCGUAAGACCUAGUGGUCUUACGAAUUAUGCGAAUAUCUCCAGAUUGGAGCCUUCAUCUGGUAAAGUCUAUGAGCGAUUGUGCUAAACUCAUAGUUACUAGAAUCAUAAAUUAAUGUACUCAUUUCUAUAGAUAGCUUUAUGGAGAUUAUAGUAUUUUAUUUUACUUAGAAUUAAAAAAAUGUAUUAAUUUUGCGCUAUUGAUAAGUUAUGUUGGAAUUAAGUAAAUACUGAUAAAAAACUUUGCUUAUCCUAUCUAUUAGGCCAGUUAGCUAUUUUGCUAAUCUUUUGUUAUUUUUAUAUACAUCGUAAAGAAUAUCUCUGUCGAUUUACUUAUAAAGACUAAUAUUAUAAAUUGAGCAAGGAGGUUGUUGUUGCGAUCGGUAAAAAAUUGGUCCUAUCAUUCCUUACCGGGGCAUCAUGACUGGCCUUAUCUCAAACAUAUUAUUUUGUAAGUGUUUGUCGAUGGGUUGUUAAUAUAAGGAUUUAAAUAUUUUAGUAUCGCAGCAGCAAAAUGCUCUUUUAGUGUUUGGUUAGUACGUAUGAUAAUUUUUACUUCACAUAUAGCUAAGUACAUGAAAUAUGUGCGUACUGCGUAGGUAGGUACUACAAUAUUAAAGCAAUGAAAAUUAUAUUGCCAUCAUAAAUCACAGUUUAUGACCAAAUUAUUAUCUACACUCGUAAGAAUAUUUAACCAAUCGAAGAAAACAUUAGUGGAAAAGUUAAAUACUGCGCUCACUGUGCCCUUUGACAGUAUUUACAACUUUGUAACGGUAACAGUGAAUCUUUAAAUGCUCGUAGCUUCUUUUGGUUAAAUAAUCUAAUGCACUACAUAAAUAUAUCGCAUAGUAACAUAAGAUUUUACUGUACUUACCUCUCGAUUGAAUGGCGGGCACACAAGCACAUGUUUGUCACACAACAUUGCCAUGUGAUAGUGUUAUGGGUAAAACGAAAUGAUUUUAUUUUGUGUACAGUAACAAUGUUACAUAACCAUGUACUUAUGUAUACAGAUUUAUUUAUUAAUGUUAAAAAUUAUUCUUGAAUUUGAUUGGAUGAAGUUUUAAAUAAAGACAAUUAAAAA